GCAGGCUGAGUGAGAAUUCAGUUUGGGUUUUUACAUGGACUCUGAAUGACUCACUGCAUCUGAGCAGCUCAGAGAGAGAGAGGAGAAACUGCGAUAAUUUAUAUCUAAAAUCCACAAUCCCCAGAAAAACGUCCUAAAGGGGAAAGGAUUUUGGGUUUUAUUUAGUGCGCAGGACUUUGCCUUUUGUGACGGCUGGAAACACAGGGCUGUGUGUCUGGACAAUGGUGUUUUAAAAGUGGAGCCGAUCGCAGCAGGUGUUUAGCAAACAUGGCCAAACCAUUUGAUGAUGGAAACUCGUCUGAUGCUCACACGCAGGAACACAUUCCGAGGGAAGUCCAGACGAGCCUCACUAACUGCACUGCCAGCACAUCGGGUCAAUAUUCACCUUUGCCCCUGGUUUGUGCCCAUUCUGUCAGGCACCAGGCAGAAUACAGUAACUGCUCAGUGACAUCCUCAGGCCGCAGGGGUCAGCUCACCUGUGGGAUGACUGCGACCACCAGCAGCUCAUUUGCCGGUGGAUCCCGGCAGAUUCAGACCAUCAGAGCAGAGGAAGGGGUUGUCUCACCGCUCAGUCUAAGGGGCGGGAACGCCCAGCAGGAUGGAGGGGACGAUGAUGCCAUUAUCCGGCAGAUUGGGAUCCAGCUCCGACAAAUGGCAGACCAACUGCACACCUACCACAUGGAGAGGGUUGAGGAGUGGGACCGAAGGCCUUGGCCAGUCUGGUACUGGACCUUUGUCAACUUCCUCAUGCACACCAUGGCCAUCUUCCGCAUGCCUCGGUGGAGAUGAACUCUCAGGAGCUUGGGAAGGGCCACUCGGCCAAUCCGUGAGGGGACCAUCGGAAAAAGAAUUCGGAAGGCCCCCUCUGAAACUUUUUUGACUCCGCUGGACGGACGAGAUGAAAGAAGAGAGAGAAAGAGAGAUAAAAAGAACGACGACUUUUCAGGGCCAAGAUGUAGAUAUUCUUGUUGGAGCGAUUGAUGGUUACUGUAAACCUCCCUUUUCCGUAAGGGUCUGUAGCAAAAAGCUGUUCCUGUGCUUUUCCUUAAUCCGAAAUAACCUCAAGCUCCCCGGAAGCCCCGCAGAGCAGAGCCUCCUGAUCUCGGACCAAAAGCAGGGUACACCUUCACCGCUGCCUUUAGUUUCAGGAGGAUCGGGUUCUGUGUGAACCUGAGGUGAGGAGUUGGAUGUCAGGUAGAGACACAGGGAGGGUUGCGGUUGAAAAGGGCAUUGGAUGGUCCUAGCACUGCCUGGAGCUCGGGGUUAAAACUGGAUGAGAAUCUCCCUCCAUUGCUGAGGUUAUAAUGCAACAUCAGCUUUGCACUUAGAUUUUGAAGUACUGUACGAUGUGGAGAGAGUUUAACCACUUCUCCAGUUUGCAUUUAUAGACCCAGACUUGUUUGUAGCUCUCCUUGUGGUGGAUAUUAUCUCAGGGGAAUCCAUCAGAGAUUGGUUGAUGAUUUUUCCAGCAUUUUCUAAUGGGUGCAUUCUAUCUCCCUUGGGAUUGACAAUUUCCCCUUGUGUGAGCUCCUGAGAGAGAUGCGUUCUGUAACCAACCGACUCAUCCUGUCAGUUUCUGUGACCAAACCUCCCUCUCCAGAACUAAACAUGCAACCCGAAGAUCUGGUAAAAGUCCAAAUUGGGGGACGGUCUGAUAGAAAGGAAAGUCAGGCUCGCUGUAGUUUGAAGGUGCUUGUUUGGGGUUGGGGCAGUGGGUAGGUUUGAGCCUAAUGAAAAUAGACACUGUCUGUGGAAUUUCAGACGCUGUAUUUUUUGUAGCUCUCAGGAUAUCUCAGCUGCAUGUCAAAGCCUGUGGCCCCUUCCCCCACCACAUGCAGUGUGUCUUUGUAAAAUCGAUUCCUUAAAAUUGGGGCAGUUGCGAAAAAUCAGGCACUUUCUAGGGAAAGGAGAAGUUUUCUUCAACAUGUAGCAAUAGCUGUGCAACAGCUGGAUCGAUGAGCUGUAUAACCAAUCACUCAAAGUCACCUCAGGGAUGAAUUCUGGUGCAGUUGGUUCCUUGUAUUUCUCAUGUCUCUUUUGGUGCACCCUGUAUGGGAAAGCUGAGUGUUUCGUGAUUACUUUACAUCAAACGGGCUUCGAAACUAUUUAUUACUGUGUGAAUUUUUUUGUUUCAGUUUGAGUCCUUGGUUAGUUCGAAAGACCAAAUGAAGUUUUAGAUGAAUGAAACAAAACUGUUUGAGGAACACUUGUGUUCAAUCUGGGCCAGUAGCAGUGAUGGGGCUGGGUAAAAAAGACGUGUGUUCCAAGAAAUCUGCCCUUUUUAAGGGAUGCUGCCUUCUAAAGGAGUGAAUAGUGCUGGGAAGUUCAAUCUCGUUUUGUGAGAGACUGAUCCUGCCGCCCAUCAAACAGCCUGCUACACUUUCCAACCUCCCUGCAUUGUACAAAUGCUGAAGUCCUGCAUUGUUGGACAGUGAGUGGUCAGUCUGCGCACCUGGGUAAUGAGUAAUCUGACCACAAUGUGCCUAAGGCUGGCUGUAGAGAGUGGAGAACCAGGACUGGUAUUCUUACCCAGCGUAACCACCCCACUUCCGCCAUCAACCCCUCACAUUCCUGGACUUGAGAGGGGACACUGAAGCCGUUCCCCACCUCCCCAAAGAAACACUGCACCCCAGGUCCACUCUGACUGAGCCAACAGAUGCGGGUGGACCCCGGGCUUCGAACCUGGGAUCUUUCUGUUCCCUUGCUACACGAAAGCGAGAAGGUGCAUUUUCCCCGACUGCUGAGCCACGUGGGGAGAUGGGCGACGUCACCUGCUUCUGACUUGAAGACUCUCAAUGCAGAUGCUUCGGGAUACGUGGGGUUGGGUGAUCGGUGGGCCACUUUUGUUCUGGGUGGGUGGCAUGCAGAAGCGGCGAUAAGAGAGCCUGGUGCCUAUUACACCCCCUUCUCUUCCACCACCCAACUCCCUUUUCCCAACAAGUUUCAAUGGGGGCUUUGCCACUUCAUUCGACAUGAAUUUCUGCCGGGGUCAAGAAUACAAGUUCCCAGCAUGCCAAGGUGUCCUGUGGUCUUGAGAAGCUGAUGGGACCCGUCCUGAGUGACAACAGUCUGCUGUGUG